CGCCGGUCUGGGGCCGCCCCGCUCUCGAGGAGGACUCGGGAGGAGCGCCAGCGCGGAGAGCCGCCCGGCAUGGCCAUGGCGUCCCCGGCCAUCGGGCAGCGCCCGUACCGGCUGCUCUUGGAGCCAGAACCGCCGCGCUAUCUGCAGAGCCUGAGCGGCCCCGAGCCGCUGCAGCCGCCGCCGCCGCCCCCGGGCCACUCCUCGCGCCGCUGCGCCCCCGCGCCGCUCUCCACUGCGCCCGGGGCGCACGAGAGACGCAGUGCCCGGAGAGCCGCCAGGGGGGACCCGGAGCCCCAGCCCCGGGCCUCCCGACCCACUCGCCCUCUCCGGCCUGGUCUGCAGCAGAGACUGCGGCGGCGGCCUGGAGCGCCCCGGCCCCGCGACGUGCGCAGCAUCUUCGAGCAGCCGCAGGAUCCCCGCGUCCCGGCGGAGCGAGGCGAGGGCCACUGCUUCGUGGAACUGGCGCUGCGGGGCGGCCGCGGCUGGUGCGACCUGUGCGGGCGAGAGGUGUGGCGGCGGGCACUGCGCUGCGCUAGUUUUUGGAUAUAACCAGCUGUCCUUUGGAACAAUACUGAACCUUGGUAUCAGAUCAGAUCAGUUGCUCAGUCGUGUCCGACUGUUUGCGACCCCAUGAAUCGCAGCACGCCAGGCCUCCCUGUCCAUCAGCAACUCCAAGAGUUCACUCAGACUCACACCCAUCGAGUCAGUGAUGCCAUCCAGCCAUCUCAUCCUCUGUCGUCCCCUUCUCCUCCUGCCCCCAAUCCCUCCCCCAGUAAAUACUUGUUGAAUGGACGCAUGCGUGCACAUGUGGAAAAGUGACUAGUAAUUAGGUAGAUGUAGAAAGACAGCAGACAUGCUUGUCAUAAAAAGGUUUACCUCUG